GAACUCUCUCUCUCUCUCUCUCUCUACUCUGUCCAUCCGUCUCUCUCUCUUUCUACUCUGUCCAUCCGUCUCCCCUCUCCCCUGUAGUGUACAUAUAUCUAUCACGCAUACAGAGACGUGAACCCUAAAUUCUUCGUUAUCCAGAGAGCAGCUUCAACUGGCUGCGAAAAUUGCAGAGUGAUGGAAGCGAAGAAGCAAGAACAGAGGGUGGCCAAGAGGCCGUACAGUAUUGCAUUCGAGAGCAAGGAAAGGCCGAAUAAGAGGCCGUUAGGCCAAUGUGUGAAAAUCGAGGAUGGUGCUGAAAAGAUAUUCAAAUUCCGGGUGUUGUUUCCCAACGGUAUGAGUUUGGGGCUGAAGAUUCGGGGCCUGGAAGCGGAGUGGCCUAUGGAAGAGUUUGUGGACUUUGUAAAGGACGAGUAUUUUAGGGCGAUGCGCCAGACGGAGUCUGAAAAGCCGAGGAGGAGGAUUGAUUGGAAAAGCAAAGACUUGCAUUUCGUGGAUGCUUUUGAUAAUGUGAUGAGAAGAAGAAUCACUUUCAAGAACUUUAAGCCCAACAAAAUCCAUAUCCUAAGGCUUAAUGACGGAUCAAAGGCAGCAGAGACUUAUGAGAAUAUGUGGGAUCUGACACCAGAUACCGACUUGCUAAUGGAGCUGCCAGAAGAGUACAACUUUGAGACUGCCCUUGCAGACCUCAUUGAUAACUCGUUGCAAGCAGUAUGGUCCAACGGUGUAAAUGACAGGAGAUUGGUUAGUGUGGAAGUUAACAAGGACAGAAUCACAAUUUUUGACACUGGCCCCGGAAUGGAUGGUAGCGAUGAGAACUCUAUAGUAAAGUGGGGAAAGAUGGGGGCUUCUCUCCACAGGUCAUCUAGAGGGCGUGGAAUAGGGGGCAAACCUCCAUAUUUAAUGCCUGUUUUUGGGAUGUUUGGGUAUGGAGGACCAAUAGCUUCAAUGCAUCUGGGCAGGUAUGGUUUUAUGGUAGAAAAUUAUCAUAAUUUUUAUUAUAUAAUCUUGUACAGGCAUUGUAUUGUCUUGGAUACAACUUAUUUUUUAGCCAUUUUACUUCCUCUUCGAAGGCGUGCUUUGGUUUCUUCGAAGACCAAAGAAUCUAAGAUGGUCUAUACUCUGCACCUUGAGAGAGAGGCUUUGCUACGCCGUUCUGGUUCGGAAAAGACAUGGAGGACUGAUGGUGGCAUUAGGCAUCCCACAGAAGAUGAAAUAAGCUGGAGCUCACCCCAGGGUUCCUUUACCAAGGUUGAGAUUUUUAAGCCUAAAAUGAAGGACUUGGACAUAUUGCAACUCCAGUGCAAGUUGAAGGACAUAUAUUUUCCAUAUAUUCAGUGCGAUGAAGUGUCCAAAACACGCAGAACAAUUAUGCCAGUUGAGUUCCAGGUCAAUGGCACUGACUUGGCAGAGAUACAGGGCGGGGAGGUUGCUAUCACAAACUUGCAUUCCUGCAAUGGUCCAGAGUUUGUGCUACAACUUUGCUUUAGUCAGGAUGCAACCAGUGGUCCAGGAGUAAGAGUAUCUCAAGAAGCAAACGCACGUCUGAGAUUCGUUUAUUUUCCAGUUGUUGAGGGUAAGGAGAAUAUUGAGAGGAUAUUGGAAAAUGUGAAAGCAGGAGGAUGUGAAAUUAAAGAGAACUUUGAAAGCUUUAGUCGUGUAUCCAUCUGGCGGCUGGGUCGUCUGCUUCCUGAUGCUCGUUGGAAAAGGCUUCCUUUUAUGGAGCCUAGGAAAAAAAUUGGAGAUAAAGGCCAAACUUUGAAGAUAUGUUGCUCGAGAGUAAAAUGCUUUAUAGACACUGAUGCUGGCUUUAACCCUACACCAUCGAAGACUGAUUUAGCUCAUCACCAUCCUUAUACAACUGUUUUGAGGAACUUUGGGGACAAGCGUCCAGAAACAGACAAAGAGGUAAAACUUGAAAUAUCUAAAGAUGGGAAGCAAGUGACACUUCCGCAACUGGAGAAGCAAUAUGACGAAUGGAUCUUUCAGAUGCAUGAUCAUUAUGAUGAGGUUAUCGAGCGUGGUGAAGAUCAACCCCUUCUAGUUGUCAGUCCCUCAAACAAGAAGAAACUUGGCAUUUCUUCUGACAUUUUGAGGGUUCACAAAGAGAUUCAACGUAAAGGAGCAUCUUGGAAAUCAGGGCAGAAAAUUAAAGUGCUGAAGGGAGCAUGCGCAGGAUGCCACAAGAACAAUAUGUAUGCUACUUUAGAAUAUAUUGUGCUUGAAGGAUUUCAAGGCGAUUCAGGUGGGGAAGCUCGGGUUAUUUGCAGCCCACUUGGUCUCCCAAGUGAGAAUGGCUGCGUACUCUCAGUCCAUGAUGAUGGGAAUGCCGGUAUUGAUAUCCGCAGCUCUAUCUCCCUACCAAUUAGUGUGAUUGAUUCUGGAAAGUGUAUGGCCAUGGAAGCUGCUGAGUGGGAAUACCAAGUUCAGAAGCAACGUCAAAAGAUGCCAUCCACAAUUGAACUUUUGAGUGCAAGACAUUGUCAAGAGUUGGAGGUCGACGAGCCUUUACCCACUACAGUUUAUGCUGGAUAUGCUCCUCCCAGUGAAAUUGUAGCUGUUCUUCGUCCUGCCUCUUUUAAUUCCGCGAGUGCUAGUAAGAACUUGGAUCAAAAGCAUAUCGUGAUUUCAAAGGAGGAUUUAGAGAUGUGCAUGCAAAUAAAACUGAGAGCUGCUGACAAGAGCAUCAAGGACAUUCGUCAUAUUUAUUCUGGACGUAUCAAACCAUCACCCCGUAAAGGUUUUCAGGGUUUAUAUAUAUUUCCUGUGGGACGGAAGCUCCCAGGUCUAUUUGAAAAAGCUGGCGUCUAUACUUUUUCAUUCUCUCUUAGAGAGUUGAAUAUUGGGAGUUGUGAAAGAAGAGUUCAGGUUAAGCCUUUGUCUGAAGUAGGAGGUUGGAGACAAUCAUGUGAUGGACAAACUCGACCAUAUAAAGUAAGGGUGGGUUUGUGUUUUCCACCAAUUUCCAUUGGAUGCUAUGAUAUACAUGGAAAUCGCAUACCUUUUGCAUCUGUUCCAGAAGUGAGUAUCAGAAUUGUCUCAGGAGGUGGGGUUUUGGCUAGUGUCAAUACAAUGAAAUUGGAUCUUUCAUUGGAUCAAUUGACUUUGAGAAUAAAGGAUACAUUGAUAGAAUGUUAUAAGUUGGACAAGAUUAAGCCUAACUAUGAAGCCACUUUAGUUGUUUCUGGACAAGAUGAGUUGUCAUCUGUUUCCAUUCCAUGUCAAGUUCUUCCCGGAACCUUCCAUUCUGUUAGGACACUACCAAGAAAUUUGGACAAGCAAUUACUUCCUGGGCAUGCAAUUAAGGAGCUUAUAUUAGAGAUGUUCGAUGCCUAUGGUAACCAUGUCGAUGAGGGCUUGGAAGUUCAGUUGAAUGUGGAUGGAUUUUCUUUCCAAGACCAGAUAGGUGCUACCCGUAAGGUAGAUCAGUGUGGUUAUGUUGAUCUAAGCAGAGUUUUGAAAGUAACAGGGGGCUAUGGAAGAAGAUUGUCUUUUUCAGUUUUAACCAGUGAGAAAACUAUAUUCAAGAAAGAGUUUGAAACUGAAAAAAGGGAGCUAAGAAUUUUAUCCGAGGUACCUAAAUUUUGCAUGGCAGGAUCUAUACUCGAAGACAUGGUCUUUGAAGUCAUUAACACAGAAGGUGACGUGGAUGAAACCAUCCAUGAUGACGAAUCAUGUGGUCAAUCCCACAUGCUCAUGAUAAAGUCAGAGCCACUAGAUACUGGUGAUUCAGUGAAAUACAGUUUCCACCGUGGGUGCUGCAUAGUUCGUGCUAUUUCCCUCCGACAAAAGGAAGGAAUAGUUCGACUUCUAGCUGCUCAUUCACGAUACCCUGAGCUCCAUUUGACCAUGGAGGUGCAUAUUAUGCAAGCUCCAAAAGUGGCGCCCGAACCUAUUCAAACUCAAUAUACAGAUGGAAAGGUGUUUCUCCUUCAGGACUCAUCUGCUCUUGUGUCUUCAAAGGUGGGGCAUGAUUGUCAAUUUUCAGAUGGGAAGUUAUUGCCACUUCAGGACUCAUCAGCUCCUAAAGAUGUAAAAGAGUUUGUGGUUGCCUUCAUGGAUGAUCAGAAGGAACUUGAGAAGGCUGUGAUUGAACAUGGUUUGCAAGUUGGAGACUGUGAGAUGGUUUUGAAAGAUCUCAAUGCUCAUCAGGUGGAACUAAAGGAAGAACUUUCUAUCUUGCAAGCUUCAUUGGGACUUGAUUCCUCCAACCAUUCUGGAAAUGCAACUGGGAAAGAGGCAGUAAUGAAACAGAUUGAAAGCAAGGGAGAUUCUGCAGCUGCUGUAGUCUGCAGACUCUUAAGAGAAGUCCCAUCUUCUGAGCAACACAAUAAUGUAAUUGAGAACACGCUUGGCGUGGUUGCACUUCUUGGAACAGUUCAAACCAUUGAGCUUAGCAGGGUACUGGCAGAAUAUCUGGGUGAGGACCAGAUGCUUGCUAUUGUUUGCAAAUCCUAUGCAGCUGUAGAUGCUCUGGAGAACUAUGAACAAAAUGGAAAUAUGGAUCAUGCACACAAUCCACAUCCAGAGGCAAUGAAAUUUGCACAAUCCAUAAAUGGCCGUUAUGUUGUUAUAUGCCUUGAAGAUACUAGGUCGUACACAGGCAAGUUGGGCAGUGAUCCUGAUAGGAAACUUGCGCUGCCAGAUCCUACCUUAUCAGAUGGAAAUCUUCCAUCAGGUUAUCUUGGGUAUGCAGUUAACCUCGUAAAUCUGGAAUCUCAUCAUUUGCAAGCAUGGACGAAUGCAGGACACAGUCUUCGGGAGACCUUGUUCUAUGGUCUUUUUGGUGAAAUUCAAGUUUAUGAGACUAGGGAACACAUGAAAAGGGCAAAGCCCGUCAUAAAACAAGGUGCAGUUUCCUUGGAUGGAGGGAUCAUGAGAGGAAAUGGGGUUCUUUCUUUUGGACAUCGGGAACCCAAGAUUUGUUAUGCAGUUAUUGCACCGGGAAGCCAAAGUUAUUCAUCGCCACACAACAUUGAGAUACUGAGGCAGAUUGAAGAGAAAAAGUUGAAGAUAAAAGAAACACUUGGUCAAAUAAAAAAAGGGACAAAGUUACAUAAGAAAGCCCUUAAAAGAUUCCAGAAGGCAAGCGACAGAUAUAAGUUGUUCUUGGACCGAAAGGGACCCUUGCUUGCAGGGUUUGGAGAUCCUGAUGUGAACCAAUUAUAGUGGUGCUUCUUCUGGCUGAUCCAACGGCUCCUACUUUGGUCGGUAAAUGUUGUUUGCAGGAAACCUCAGGAAAAUCUUUUUGUAUAUAUGGUCAUAUAGCAUAUUGUGCUAAAUCAGUGUAGAAAAUACAAGUGUUGAUAUUUUACGGAUACUCGCCACCGAGAAGUGAGAAGAUUGGUGGGAAUGCAACAGAGGAGGGGAGACCAGUAAUAUAUAUUAUAUAUUCGCCAGAAACAAUACACCUAUACGUUGUCAAGCGACAGUGUGGCGUUUUUAUUGAAUCAUCCUUUUGGUUUUGUACAUUGUAGAUGGAAAAGCAUGAUGGAGUUGGAGAAGAUUAGUAUGUAUGAGCUUGAAGCAUGAUAAGUUAAACUGUCUUGAGUGUUGUUUAUCGUCAAA